AUGAAUACUGCAUUUACUUUUCCGCCACAGAAUAGUGAAAUACAAGAAUCAGAUGAUACCGGUUACAUGGAGCAAACUAUAAUACCGAGUAGUAACCAAGUACAGACAAAUACACCUAUCAUGGAUGCUACCACUGAUAAUAGCAUAGGAAAUUUACAGGAAGACUACACUGAAGAUUCUCAAGUGCCAUUAGAUGACGAUCCAAUGACAUUACAACAGAAGUUACUGAAUAUGCAAGAGGCAUUACCAACUACAAUGAACCCACUACAUAUAAACACGGGCACUGCUAAUAAUAUAACAGCUACACAAGAAAUACCCGUAAUUGCUAUACCUUCGCCGUCUGAGAUUCCCGCCAACAGUCUUCGAAACCAGCUAAGACAAUCUAGUUUAAAAAAUGAAAUUUUUAGUAAUAGAAGUGAGGCUCCUAAAAUAGGCGAGACGAAUAUUAGACAAGUUGCAUCACUUAAAUCUAAAACUGGGAACGCCAAAGAAGCGUCUGUCAAUAUUGAUACUAGUGAACCUAUCUCUCUAAGUCCAACAGAUUCCAAUGCUAGAGCGAAAAGCGACAUGUACGUUGCUACACUAAGGCAGCAAAUGGCCACUGAUUGGAAAAGUCCUUCCGAAUACGCUUUACAUAUUCUAUUCACAAAAUUCAUUAGGCAUGCCGAGCAAAAACUGGAUUUGUGCUUACAGCAGCCUCUUGUCAUUGAGCCGCCAAUAGUAGAGAUAUUAGGUGAAGGUAUCGAUCCAACUUUUGAUAAAGUUAUAGAAUCAUUAGGUCAUGUAGCCAAAAACAAACCGAAACCAGUAAUUGACGCAAUGAUGUUUUGGAGAAAGACCAAGUCAGAGGCUGCAAUAAACGCAAACCACGACCUCGAAAGGCUACUGAAGGACUAUGAAGUUGAACAAAACAAAUUAUCAAGGAAUCAACCCCUUAGAAGUACAAGUCAGAGAAAAGGGACGGAUUUACUUAAGAGAAAGAACACAAAUUCAACAAAUGUCAGUACAGGAAGUAGUUUUAAUUUUAGUCACAAAAGAAACAAAUCAUCAAAGUCUUCGCUAGGUAGUAAACUCACUGAGAGUUCACAUUUACAGAAUAUUGAAAUAGCAAUAGAAAGCUCCAGGGAUUCUGUCCUUCAAGCAGAAAGGAAAUCUUUGGCAAGCAUCUACAUUCUCUGCCGAGUACUGAUAGAAAUCGUGAAACAAUCUUCUGAAGAAGAUAAAUACCUAAACGAUUUGGAAGAUAUUGUCUUCACACAACUGAAAACAACAGACCCAUUAUCGAUCUCUACAAGCAUUAUGAAGUCAUCCAAUUGGAAUUCUUUCGCAGAACUUUUAGGAUACAUGUCAGAAAAGCGAUUUAUAUCAGUGAGUGACAAAUUUAUAGCAGAUUUGGAAAAACUUCCACCCCAAAUACCACCUGAAAUGGAGCCAAGUAUUCAUCUCUUAAUUUUGGGUAUGAGGUAUGUAAGGCUGAAAAAUUACCCACUAGAAAGAUUUGAAGAAAGUGCCGACUUCAUGAAAAGUUUAUCAAAGUUCUAUUCGAAGAGCAGCAAUAUAUCAAUAUCGCUAGCCUACACAGAGGUAAUCAAUCAAUUAUUAUUACCAUUGGCUGGUCAUAUAACAGCUGAAGUAAACCACCCUGUAUGGGUAGAAGCCAUGUCGUCGCUUCUUGAGACGGCAAGUAAGUUACAAAAUGAUAACAAAUAUUGGGCUAACGGUUUCAAAUUGACGGUAUCAAUAUUAUGUGUGUCACCCCCUGAAUUAUUUAGCAAUCGCUGGGUAACAUUGAUGGAAGCCAACGCAAGCAAAAUUAGAACUAAGAUUUUUUCUGAGAAAGUGAUUUUUGCAGUAGCUCUCUCUCGUUUAGUUUGGGUUUACCUAUAUAGAUGCCCUGAAACGCUUAAUAAUACGAUGAGAACACUUGAGAAGUUACUUCGAAUGUACUUGAACACCAAAAAGAAAGAAAAUUGGCUGACACCUGAUUUUGAGCUACUUAAUCCUUUAGCUGAUGCUUUAGUUUCUGUUGGUUACGCCCAUCCAAAUUUUAUAAUGGAACAUGCAGUUUUGUCACUAUUUCGGCAAUCAUUUAAUGGACUCACAUUGGAUGAUGUGAACUUUGAAAAACUGAUGCUAGCUCUGAACACAUACAGAGGCAUACUAGCAACCAAUACAAGACCUGGCUUUCCUGAAAAUGAUUGCCGUACUUACGCCACAAACCUUGAUAAUAUCCAGUUUGAUGUAACUAAAGAAAGUUUAUCCCAGAAUCACAAAGAAGUUUGCUCCUAUAUUCACAAAUUGUUUACACUACUCGAUGCUCGUAUUGGAUCCGAGGUUUGGUCUCCUGAAAAUCAACAUACAAAGUCUUCAUCAUCUUUUGGUCCUUUUACAUUUAAUUUUUCCAACGAUAACUACGCAAUCAAUACUAAGAAUACGGAAGUGUGCUUAUUUGCUACUGUGAUAGAGGUAAUUCCUGGAUGCCUUUCUGUUUCUAGUGAAAUACCGUACAGAUCUACUAUUGAAAUUCUAUCCAGAAAUGCCGUUCAUGCCAACUCCACAAUAUCUGAUAGCUGUAGAAGAGCAUUCCGGGCCCUUGCAUCGAAAAGGUCGCCAUACACACUUAUUACUUGGUUUGCUAAGUAUUCGUUUGACUUUGAUGAGAGAAUGCAGUCUAAUUAUAAUAUGUCUUACCUAGUCUCAAUGGAAUACUAUAAAUUGCUUGAACUAUAUGUCGAACUUUUGGAAUGCUGGCUGCAAGCCUUUCAAUCAUCCAACAAAGAGAAAGAUAAAAAAGGAAUUGGUCUCGAUGGUAUAAGAUUAAUGGCGGAGGAUGAAGGGAUCGCCGGAGAUUAUGAUUCUGUCUAUGAGGAGAAGAAAAAAUUGGAAUGGAAAAAUACCAUAACGGUAAUUGAAGAAGUUGAAGGUAAUGGGCUAUUUUUCCUAUGCUCUUUUGAGGCUCAUGUGAGAGCACUUGGUGUUAAAAUCCUCAAAAUUAUAUCUAAAUUUGAUGAAGCCAUGAUUGCCAAAACCGUAAAACUUUCUUCUAACAGCCAUGUCAGGACUGUAUCCAAUCACUUUGCUGCUGAUAGUGGAACAAGACUAAUCGAUAUACUUAACAACUGUAAUGCAACAACGAUAUUAAACGCAAACUCUUCAUCACUCAGUGCUGUAGAAAAAACUCGUUUUGCAAAACUAACAUUGAAACAUAAGAAAGGCGUUUUGAUACGUUUGGCGGAGUCUGAUUAUGGGGUUGAUGCUGCAUUAUGGCAAAGGGCUUUUCCACCUUUAUUGUCUCAUAUAUUUAAACAAUGCCCAGUGACAAUGGCGUUGUGCCGUUCAAUUGUUUGUAUUCGUUUAGUUCAACUUCAUGAAUUAAUACUAAAAGUUGCCAAUAACCCUGACUACAGACCGGAAGGUGUAUUAUCGGAAACUGUCAUUAACCAGUGGAGGUUGUAUUUGAUUGCUGCCUGUACUUCUUUAACAUCAACAUCAGAUCAAAAGCUACAUAUACCUGUCCCAAACUCUGUUCAACACGGUCGGAAGAAAAGUCAACAAAUUUUUACUGUUCAACAUCAAAAAAUCAAAUCUGUCAAAUCAAUCUUUAAGAUGGUUUUACCUCUUUUGAAUGCCCAACACGCGAUGGUUAGGGACGCUAUUAUCGUAGGGUUAAGUUCGAUGAAUAUUAAUAUUUAUAGAACUUACAUUGAGAGUAUUGACGAGUUCCUGACUAAUUGGAAAGAGCAGAGCUCAAAGAACGCUAUCAGAAUAGAAAUGUUUCAUAUCCUUACUAUCCUUUCUCAAUUCAUGUAUGAUCCUAUUAUCUUGGAUGAUAGAUGGAUACUGGAACGGAUUGCAGAAUAUUUGAGACAAGCCAAGAAGUUUUUGGAAAUGGAUUCGGUCCAAAAUUCAUUUGCUUUUCAAUCCUUGAGAAGUCACUUUGCUACAUUACUCCUAAACUUUUAUAAGGCUGCGCAUAGACUUUCAUACUUCGAUAAAUUAUUUCCAUUCCAAGGUCGGACAUCGAGUUUUAAUUAUCUAAAGGAAUGGUGCGGAUAUGGAGAAUUUUCUUACAUAGCGGAAGAAAGGUAUAACUUAAUGGUAAAAAAGGCUGAUAAUACAAGGGAUAAAACUGCAAUCUUGACAGGUAUCGAAUUCCAAAGAAAAAAACUGGAAAAAACUGUCCUAGAGGCCAUGGUUGCACUAUGCGAAGAUCCCAUCGUUAAAUGUAUUGACGACGUUCCUGGGUUACCUGUUGUUAUUUCUUUUGAUACUGUUGGGCUUCUUUCUUGGAUUGGAUCAUUAUUCAAUUCCGGGAAUGACACUAUUAGAGGCCUCGGUGUAGAAGCUUUGGAAAAUCUUCUAGAAAAUAACCAAGAUAACGCAAAGCUUUUUAAGGAAGUCGCUAAUCAAUGUGUCUCAUAUCACAAUGAUCCAUCUGUGUCAUUUCUUUAUUACACAACUCUUUGCAAAGCUGUUCUAAAACUUGAAAACUUGAUUCUGGAAGAAGAUGAGUUAGUCUCUCUAGGCUUAUAUGGUUUAGUUUCUGACAAUGAAAUGAUUAGAACAUAUGCAGCUGAUCUUUUGUCAGUUGUGGAAACAAAACUUCAUAAUUCUAGCUAUAUUAAAGUAUUUGAGGAACGGUUAUCAAAUUCCUCUAAAACAGUUUUCAAGUCAACCGCCCAGGAAAUAUCAAGCAUCUUUGCUGACUUAUUAUCUCAAGAGUUAUGUCUUAGAAUAUUUUCGACUCUAGUAAGGAUAUUAGAAUUAUUCCAAUUUGAGAUCAAAAGAGAUAUACUAGUGCUUAUGGUGCCAUGGGUAAAUAAAUUCACUUUGAAAUCACUAGAUGAAAUUGAUACUUACAUGGUUCUAAAUAACUUAUUCUACAUCACCGUUGACCUUAAUGAUACCUUUCCAAAGGAAGUAGAACAGUUGUGGAUUUCUCUUGGUAAAGGAAAUGCUUUUCAGAAUACUCAUGUUGCACUUGAGUAUAUAAUGACAUGCUCGAUUAGUUACUGCAAUCCCAUCUUUGUUGAAUAUGCUAGUGAUGUUGUUCUAUAUCUAGCGAAUGUUCCUGGUGGAUUGGGUUUGGUUGACUCCUUAUUACAAAACUUAAAGCCAAAAUUAAUUGUGCCUACGCAUUCUGAACUUCCAACUUUACCGUCGAAUAAUAACAAAUAUGUUUUUGUCGGAGACGUGGUUUCAAGAUUGAACUACCACGGCAAGAGUGUGAUAUUCUCAAAAACUCAGAUAACAAUUGUUUUCCUCGUGAAUUUACUGAAUAGUCCGUUGGAUGCUUUGAAAGAUGAACUACCGUCCUUAUUACACAUUUCAGUUUGCCUAUUAGACCAUUAUAUCCCAGUUGUAAAGAAGAGUGCUUCACGACUACUUUGCAACUUAAUUUUCUUAUUUUCACCAACUCACGAGAAGACCGAUUUAACUGUUGAAAUUUUAAGAAGUGAUGACCAACUGUGGUCGUACGACCAUCUUGUUAGAGAUAAAAAAGGAGCAAGGUCGCCUAAAAUGAUGGAUCAAUUAAUAAAAAAUCUACUUGACAUAUUCUCAAGUAUAGAAUCAGUACAGGAAAACUGGCAAAAGGUAUCCUUGAAAUGGGCUACAGCUUGUUCCGUUAGACACAUUGCCUGUAGAUCUUUUCAAAUGUUUAGGUCAUUACUAUCAUCUUUAGACCAGGAAAUGUUUAGAGAUAUCUUACACAGAUUAUCCAACACUGUGUCUGAUAGUAAUACUGAUAUACAGGGUUUUGCUAUGCAAAUAUUAAUGACUCUAAAUGCCAUCACAGCAGAAUUGGAUCCUACUGAAUUAAUAGGUUUUCCUCAACUAUUCUGGUCAAUAACCGCCUGCUUGAGCAGUAUACAUGAGCAAGAAUUCGUUGAAGUUCUUUCAUGUUUUUCUAAAUUUCUUUCAAAAAUAGAUCUGGACUCACCGGACACAGUCCAAUGCUUAGUUGCUACUUUUCCUUCCAAUUGGGAAGGUAAAUUUGAUGGGCUGCAACAAAUUAUUAUGAAUGGAUUAAGAUCAUCGACGUCUUUAGAGAUAACGUGGAAAUUUCUUGAUAAGUUAAACUUACUUAAAGAUAGUAGAAUAAUUGCUAAUACGGACACAAGGUUAUUAUUUGCUCUAAUAGCCAAUUUCCCUCGCUUUUUACAGGCCAUGGAUACUAAACAAUAUGACCAAAUUGAAAGUGCUGCCUCGUCACUUAUAGUUCUUUCUGAAGCAUACGAGCAACCAUCGUUAUCAAGACUAAUAAACUCACUUAUCAAAGAUAAAUUUAGAUCAAAAAGAGAUUUUAUGAGUCAGGUUGUUAGCUUCAUCUCUAGGAACUUUUUCCCUGACUAUUCUGCUCCAACCUUGGUAUUUUUAUUGGGAUUACUACUGAACAAAGUUAGCUGGGUGAAAGUUCAAACAUUGGAAAUUUUGAAGUACGUUUUCCCAUUGUUAGAUAUGAGUAGACCCGAAUUUUUAGGUGUUGGGGCUGAUUUAAUAUCUCCACUACUUCGCUUACUUUUGACGGAAUAUGAAGCCAAGGCACUAGAAGUUCUGGAUUGCGUUCCAAAUGUCCUUGGAAGUAAAAUGGAUAAAGAUGUUUUGAGGACAACCAUGGGGAAUAAAAACUCAAAAAAUAGUACUAACUUAACCACUACUUUAUUUGGCAUUCCUGAAGAGAGUGGAUGGUCGAUACCUAUGCCCAGCAUUACCGCCGCUACUACCAGACACAAUGUUCAUGCAGUAUACAUGUCUUGUUUGCCAGAAAGUAUGGGGGAUACUGAUGCGCAUGAAAUUGAUAAUGAUAUUGAUGUAAUUACUGAAUUCCAUGUGGAUGCAGAGUAUGGUUUAGGUAGGAUGGAAACAAAUGAUUCUAUAUCAGUUGUCGAAGAGAAAGAUCCAUCUUUGAGUCAUAUGUGGAUGCAAUUGGACAAUUUGGACAAUUUCUUUGCUCAAGAUAAUGUUGCGUCUACUACUAAUGAUUUAUCUGUUUGGAGAUAA